AUGCCUCCUCUUCCGAGUCAGAAGAGCCAGAAAGGCACAGGCAAGAAGGGCCGCGAUGUGCGCCAAUCUCGUAGUCGCAACACGACCCCGAGUUUGGUCAGCGCAGGUGCUCAAGGCGAAGCUGGCUACACCGCGUACCUCGAGCUACCUAUUACGCAGUUUCGAACAGCAGAUGACAUUACCGAGCAUUACGGAAGUGCGAUACCCAGUUCCAAGGAUUUGGAGGCCCUUCUGGAUCGACUGAAGCGGCUGGUCGAGGUGGUUGAGGGUCGUGGUGCGGUAUGCGACAAGGGCAUGCGGAUGUUAGCGCAGAUUCGAAAAGAAAGAAAUGAGGAAAUUGAAACCGAGAGGAGAGACGAGGAGCGGAAAGUGAGGGACGCAGCAGAGGAGGAAGAACGUGGCAGAAACAAGGCAAAUAAAGUGAAGAAGAGAAAAGAGCUGAGUUCGACGAGAGAAGAGAGACCUUUGACCCAUGGAGCACAUGGCCUGGCACCGCAAGACGGAAGCAACAUAGAGCCCUCAUCCCCUGCGCGAGAUAAAUCAGCACGGAAGACGUCCCCUUCACGAGACAACGAUUCUGCUAGCUCAUCGCUAUCACCAGUCGCAGUCGCAACACCCGCUGCUACAGGCAUGGACAUCGAUGAGAAGGAUGCGGCAGAGGAUUCUGAUUCCAGCAUGGAUGAGCGCCAACCCCCUCCGGCACCCGCAGUUCCACAUCUCCAGAUAUUCGGGGACGACCCUUCCACUUUUCCAGAUCCGACGGUCUACGAGGUUCCCGAUACCGAGACCACGAAAGACUUACCUCGAUCGAGGAAGAAGGAGAUUUAUUCAGUUUCUUAUUUCCCAAAGGAGGAUCUAGAGGACCUGAUUCCCGGCACGCCUCCUGACAAAGAUUUCAGCAAUGCCAAGCCCACCAAUCAAGUACAAGCCAACACCUUUGCAACCUACCUCGAGCCCUACUUCCGCGCUUUCUCCGAGGAAGAUCUUGCAUUCCUUCGGGAGAGAGGUGACCGAGUUACCCCAUUCGUUAUCCCCCGCCGUGGCAAGAAGCAUUAUACGGAGAUUUGGGCUGAGGAGGAUGGCGCCUUGUCGGUCGACACCCCGCAGCAAGCUCGUGACAGACUCCCUGCGAAUCAAGCCCGUGGUGAUGUUGAGUUGAUGGACGAUCGCAUCGCGGAAACAGACCAGGUCUCAGCUGGCCCAAUUCUCUCCAGGCUUUUGGCAACGAUGAGACCAGAACAUAGGGCUCCGCCUGCAGAGGAGAGGCCAACUACGAAUGGUCUCACCAACGGUGAAGCCAACGUAAACGGUGAGGCUAAUGUUGAUCUCGGUGACCCAUCCCAACCUCUCAGUGAUGCUCCCGCUCCCAUCCCACCUGCGACUUUCAUGCCAGAAUCAAAUUCCGAAUCGUGGAAGAAGGCCACACACCCAAAGCUUGACCAUGCUCAAGUCGAUGAGCGAAUCAAGCAAGAACUUCGCCACAUCGGAUUCCUGCCUCCUGAUACUGAACCUGACUAUGACGCCCACUACGACGACGAAAUUGCUGCUCGCUUGCGCUACCUUCAGGGCAAGCUCAAGGAGACCUCUAUCAAGAAUGGUGCUCGCAAAGCUAGACUCCAAGAACUCGUCAACGAGCGAAUGGCCCACCAAGAGUACAGUACGAUUUUGGAGGAUCUCGAUGGCCAGGUCCAAACUGCAUACCUCAAGCGUACACGUACCCUAGGUAAGAGCAAGAAGACCAAGAGGCCUGGUGGGGCCGGUGGAGGAAGCCAUUUCGUUGGUGGAGUGAACACUGGAAUGGCGAGACCCGGUAUUGGUGAUUUAACGAAGACAGUGAUGGAGAGAAGAAGAAAAUGGAUUGAUACUAUUGGUGGUGUUCUAGAUAAGGAUGCAAACCAAGUUCGCCGGAACAAGGAUCCAGGAAGCUCUAUUUUCAAGCCGGAGUGUAUGUCAGAUUUCAUCAGAAAGGAAAAGGAGAGCUGGGACGACGAUGCCGAGGAGGACUAG